AAUAGGGCCCCUCAACCCAAUCACAAGCCGCCCCGAAUUUCCUCCAAGUUUAGAUACUCAAUCUAGAAGCAACAAGUUUCUCUUGGAUUUUUUUUAUCUUAGGAGUAAUCAUUUCGUACAUUUUUUUUCUUAAUUUUUUUUAAUUUUCUGGACAUACCUAUCUGUUAGCCAAUCAUGUCAACUUCAUCAUCGUCUUCUCCAACCCUGAAAAUUGGCAUAGUUGGGUUCGGUCCCUUUGGCCAAUUUCUGGCAAAGACUAUGAUCAAACAGGGCCACACUCUUCGGGCAACUUCUCGAACUGAUUACUCUCAAUCCUGCCUCCAAUUGGGCAUCCAAUUCUUCAGGGAUCUCAUUGCAUUCAUUGAGUCCGAGAAUGAUGUCAUACUCAUAUGCACAUCCAUCCUAUCUCUAUCGGAGGUUCUCAGCUCUAUGCCACUUUCUCAUCUGAAGCGACCCACACUAUUUGUUGAUGUCCUUUCAGUCAAAGAGCACCCAAGAGACCUUCUACUACGGGUAUUGCCAGAGGAGUCAGACAUACUCUGCACGCACCCAAUGUUUGGACCAGAUAGUGGGAAGGACGGAUGGAAGGAUCUGACUUUCGUGUAUGAUAAAGUUCGAAUACGAGAUGAAGCUAUCUGCUUUAAUUUCCUCAACAUUUUUGCAAGUGAGGGUUGCAGGAUGCUACAAAUGUCCUGUGAGGAACAUGAUAAAGUAGCUGCCAAGAGCCAAUUUAUCACACACACUAUAGGCAGGACUUUGGCAGAAAUGGAUAUUAAGUCCACACCUAUCGAUACAAAGGGCUUUCAGACACUUGUUCAAUUGAAGGACACCACCAUCAGAGAUAGUUUUGAUCUGUAUAGUGGAUUAUUCAUACAUAAUAGAUUCGCUAAACAAGAGGAAAAAAUCAUUAUUCACUCUAUUGAAGCAGUAAUACAAGUAAAUGAAGAUAAGACUUGGUGUUUUGCCAAAUGUGCAGCUGGAAAACCUUGAACAUGCCUUGCAUAAAGUCAAAGAGAUGCUUGUUCAAAGGAUGAGUGAGCUGGGUCCAGAAAAGACUGAACGUUGAUAUGCAUAAUACUCCUGUUAACACUGGUUUAUUCAAGAAAUAUGUUUAUCAUUUUCCUUUUCCAGUCCACCAACAAAAAAUCUACAGUAUUUUCAAAAUCAGCCAUUAAUGGAUCGAGCCAUUCGGACAAUGAUAUCUCAAAGGGACCAAGACACUUGUUACAAUAAGUAGAUUAACGCUUAAUUAUUUGUAAUAAGUAAGUUCCAUCAUUCUUGCUUCCAACAUAUACCGGUAAAUUCUGAAAGCUUCCGAAAAACUGACUUUUGGGUGGCCAAGAUUAGUCUAAAACCAUUUUAAUCCCUGUUGGUU